CCCGCCAGAAAGCCUAGGGAGGGCGAGGCGGAAGUGACGUCAAGCCACCGUCAGCGUGUCAAGGCGCUUCCGGAGCGUAAGGAAGGUUUGAGGGGAAGCGGAGUGUGGGACCAAGACAAACGGACAACUUUUCUGCUUACCUGCCGCCCCCCCUCCCAGGCCAGGUGUGGUUGUGGCAGAAGGAGGGCUACCGGCAACCCGGGAGAUCAAGGAAAAUAUGGCCACAGAUUGGCUUGGAAGUAUUGUCUCAAUCAACUGUGGGAACAGCCUAGGAGUCUAUCAAGGAAGAGUAUCUGCUGUGGAUCAAGUCAGCCAGACAAUCUCCUUAACGCGGCCUUUUCAUAAUGGAGUCAAAUGUUUGGUACCUGAGGUCACCUUCAGGGCUGGUGAUAUAACUGAACUGAAGAUCCUGGAAAUUCCAGGCCCAGGUAAUAAUGGACCAUGUGGAGACUUUCAGCCUAAUGACCUUGGCAUUCCUAGUAUUGGAUGCUCAGGGGGUACCAACCAGAAUGGUACUGGCAAAUUGCUGAAGAAACCUAGCAGUGCUCCCCAGAAUAUCCCAAAGAGAACAGAUGUGAAGUGUCAAGAUGUUGCCAUUUCUCCCCAACAAUAUCAGUGCUCCAAAAGCUACAUGGAUCGGCACAUGGAAUCCUUGAAUCAGUCCAAAGGCUUCCGUCGGAGGCACAACUCAUGGUCCUCCUGUAGCCGUCAUCCAAACCAGGCAACUCCAAAGAAGAGCGGCGUGAAGAACGGACAGAUGAAGAACAAGGACGACGAAUGUUUUGGAGAUGAUAUUGAGGAAAUCCCAGAUACGGAUUUUGAUUUCGAAGGGAAUCUCGCCCUCUUUGACAAGGCCGCUGUGUUUGAGGAGAUUGAAACCUAUGAGAGGAAAAGUGGCACUCGCUCAAGGGGCACUCCCAAUGAGAAAUCAGCCCGCUAUCGCCACGAUGAGAAUAUUUUGGAAUCCGAGCCCAUUGUGUACCGACAAAUCACUGUGCCUCAGGCAAGCAAAGAAUUCUGUACUGACUCAGGACUGGUUGUUCCAAGUGUCUCUUAUGAGUUGCACAAGAAGCUUCUUUCAGUGGCUGAGAAACAUGGGCUGACACUAGAACGGAGACUGGAGAUGACCGGAGUCUGUGCUAGCCAAAUGGCCCUGAGUCUGCUUGGAGGGCCCAACAGGCUGAACCCUAAAAACAUUCACCAGCGACCCACAGUUGCUUUGCUGUGUGGACCUCAUGUCAAGGGGGCCCAGGGAAUCAGUUGUGGCCGGCAUCUUUCCAAUCACGAUGUACAUGUCAUUCUCUUCCUUCCCAACUUUGUCAAGAUGCUGGAAUCGAUUACCAAUGAGCUGACCCUUUUCAGCAAGACCCAGAGCCAACAAGUGUCCAGUGUCAAAGAUCUCCCAGACACACCAGUGGAUUUGGUCAUAAACUGCUUGGAUUGCCAUGAAAAUGCCUUUCUGCGGGACCAGCCUUGGUACAAGGCUGCUGUGGACUGGGCCAAUCAGAACAGAGCCCCAGUUCUUAGCAUAGACCCGCCUGUGAACGAGGCCGAACAAGGCAUUGAUGCCAAGUGGUCCCUAGCCCUCGGCCUGCCCCUGCCCCUGGGCGAGAGGGCUGGGCGGGUGUACCUGUGUGACAUCGGCAUUCCCCAGAAGGUCUUCCAGGAAGUGGGAAUAAACUACCACUCACCUUUUGGCUGCAAGUUUGUCAUCCCCCUGCAUUCGACCUAAAGUAGCGGGGGCAGAGGGCUUGUACCUCUUGGCCCCAGAGAAGAAGACAAGGCAUAUGACGGAUUCUUUAACCAAAUGACGGAUUCUGACUGUAUUAAACUCUUUGACGCCUUAAGGAUGUGAACCCUUCUGGGCUGUAUUCCUUCCAGGGAAAGAGUAUGCAUUAAUGAGAACUGAGAGGCCUCUGAGCCACAGAUGCUGUCAUGCCAUUGCAUGAAGGAGCACAAGAUAGCCAGUGUCUGAAACUGGCUGGGAUCGCUCUGGUGGUGGCAGGGCAGGGCCAGAUGUAUUUUGUUCUCACAUGCAAACAUCCCUGCCAGAUUGCUUGUGUACCAGACAGUAUGUUGUUUUUUUUUUCCAGGUUUUUUAAUUAUCUUUGAGGACUUUGAGAGGGAAGGGCUUUCUAAGAACCCCUUUCCUUGAUUACCAUGUGGGAACAGUUGCCAUUCUACUGUUUCCCCCCCCUUGUGCAGCUAUAGGCCCAUCUCUCUGUGUUGCACCACAAAUGACUUGUGACCUCGGGUUGCUUGGCUUUUGGAAUCUAUUGUGCCAGGAUUUUAGGAGUUUCUGGAUCAGCACUUAUGCUCCUAACUUCUGCUAAGUAGCAAUUGCUUCCUUUGGGCUCACUGAGUGUCUCAUAACCUGGGUGUAAUAAAAAGUGGCUUAAAGAAGAGAUUGAGGGAGCAGACGUAAUGGUUGUAUCCUGCUACCUUACUAUAGAGCACACAUUGCUGGCAUCUGCUCCUUUUUAAAGAAAAAAAAUGUUUUGUGGAGCAGUUGUACAUGCCUGUCCAUCCAUAUGAGAAACUGGUGUUUGUGUGCGAGAGGGAGAAUGGGAAUCAUAUAAGUACAGUGCAGCCCCCAUUGAAUGUGAGGUCCAUGGGAAGACACGUGUACAUGGCUGGUGGGAUCUGGUUCUGUUUCUUUCUUGGGACCUCUCAAAGGGAUAACUAUACUUGAAUGAAGCAGUGAAAUGGGUGCAGCGUCACCUAACAGUGCCGAACACUCUGCCAGGAGGGCUGAAGUAGUGAAACAUUCAGAGACCUGCUGAGCAAGCUGACUGGUGUAGCAGCAGCUUUUUCCUGCAUGCACCAUUGCACUGAGAUCUUUAUCCUCACAUUUUCAGGCAUUAGCUUGUAUAAUGACUAGUGAAUUGUGCAUCUCGGCUGCUACUGCCCCCUUCCAUAUAUGUGCCCCUUUGAGUCAGGAAGGUCAGGGUCCUGUGUUGCUUGCUGGGGAAGAGUCUGUUGCUGUUAAACUGUAUGCUGCUGGGAAGAAAUGUUUUUCUCUUCUCCUUUUCCCAGUCAGACACUUUUUAUCCAGUCAGGGGUGUAAUGCAGUGGCAAGUUGAAGAUCUCUCUGCUCUUGAGAAAUCAACCAUGCUUGACUUCUGUGUCUCUCAAGGUGCCAUAUGAAACUCUUUCCACUAGUCACAAUGAUUAAACUGUGCAGUUAAAACAGG